GUAUGGCUAGCUCAACAUCCCUCUCCAUUUCAUCAACAUCGUCAGCAUCAUUGUCAACCACAUCACUAACUACGAUGGCACCGACACGCCAAGUCAUGCACCACCACCAGCCCCUUUCCAACAGUCACAGUCACAGCAACAGCCAUAGCCACAUCAACCCAAACGUCUAUAUCCAUAAUCACAAAGUAGUUAGCGUUGACUACCAGGCACCACCAGCCUCUCACAUACACACCUGAUGCAUGUCAAGCACGUGUCAAGCACCCCUCGCAUCCCUCUGCACUAUUUUGCUUUCGUUUUGUGUGUGUUUUCUGCUUUUUGUACUGUCGGGUGUCGGUUGUCGGGAUUCCUGUCUAUCGAGUGUUGGCUUCAUUAAUCAGGCCGCUGCCUCC